AUUGAUGCCUUGAGCUCAGCCAUCUCACUGCUUCCUCUUUACCCAACAGCUUGAACCGAGUAAUAUCUUAAUUGUGUCCUCUAUAUAACUAUUCCUACAACUGACAGGUCAUCUUUUAUGUGUUGUUCGCUUAUCUCGGACUCUUAAAUUGCCAGGGCUGCUUUGCCCAGUCUCCGGUCUCCCAGCAGGACCAGCACCAUGUGGAACGACGAGGAUAACAACCCAUACGGCGCAUUCGAUCCCGAAGCCCGUCUUUCCGAAUCCUUACAUUCGGCGAACCUUUCUCCAACUCUCUACGAACGCGAAUACACUCCUCCCUCCCCCUCCAGCAAGGCGUCAACCCAGGAUCCGACCGACGACUACCUUUCACACCCGCGGGAUUUUAGCGACGAGGAAAAUGAAGGAUAUGACAACCAACCCGCCAGUCAUGGCUACUACGGGAAGUCCGUUUACGAUAGCCGCAUAGAACAAAUCCUCUAUGAGAACCCGGAGAUGCCGAUCCUGAUCACCGAUGCCGGCAAGAACCACGAGGGUGGUGGAAGCUUUAUCGUGUACACCAUACGAACUGGAGAUUUGGAAGUCCGGCGACGAUACUCUGAAUUCGCCUCCCUGCGACAGACUCUUGUGAACCUCCAUCCCACACUCGUCAUCCCGCCCAUUCCUGAGAAACAUACAAUGGCGGAUUAUGCAGCCAAACCUACCAAGGCUAAGGAGGAUACUGCGAUAAUUGAGCUCCGAAAGCGGAUGCUGGCUGUCUUUUUGAAUCGCUGUCGCAGAAUGAAGGAAGUCCGUGAGGACGGCGUUUGGUGGAGGUUUCUAGAUCCUAAUGUUAGCUGGAGCGAGGUCCUUCAUUCUCACCCCGCAUCCUCGGUGCCCAAGAACAAUUUGAAAGCACCUCCCCUAGAUCCCGCCAACCCCACAGCCGCACACGCUUGGCUACCGGUGCCAUCUUCUUCUGCAAAGCUCAAGGGUACUUCUGGUCAUGCAGCUUCAGCUGCGCCUCCCCCAGUCGAUGCGCCGAGCCCCGAUGUUUUAGGACGUUUCCCUCCGGAGUCCCGCAAAUUGAGCGAGCAAGAAUUGGACCCAUAUUUCAUCAACUUUGAGGCAUCUACACGGGAGCUUGAGCUGCUAUUGCAAGGGAAUAUCGAGAAAGUCAAUCGUCGAACACUGGCGCAUUUAUCUUCAUUGUCAGCAGACCUCAUGGAGCUUGGGGCACGAUACAACGGCUUCUCUCUGUCCGAACAAUCACCCACGGUAGCCGCGGCAAUUGAGCGAAUUGGUCAGGCAGCAGACACAUCUUACAUCGAAACUGAGGAGCUCUCCAAUGCAUUAAGUGCCAGCUUUGCCGAACCUAUGAGGGAAAGCGCACAGUUCGCUAGCAUUGUUCGUAGUGUCCUACGUUAUCGGGUGCUGAAGCGGGUGCAAGAAGAGAUGACAAGGGAUGAGUUAGCCAAGAAAAAGACAUUGCUGGAUUCUCUGGAACGGAGCGAGUUGGAAGCAAAGCGGAUUGAACAGUACCUGAAUCGGACGUCACCUCAAGGAUCAGGGACGAGAUCGCAACGCUCCUUAUCUACGUCGUCAGCUACGAGCGGACCGGGCAGUCAUGGAGCAGAUGUUCGCCCCGGCGGUCCGGAAGAUACUACCUCUAUCGAUUCAGACUUUCCCCCUACCCAUGGGGAAUCGAUCGGCUCGCAUGCGCCGUUACCCCCGGUAUCUCCAUCACGACGGCCUGAGACAUCCUCGUCUCCAGCACAUCGCAAGUCAGCCAGUGGGACAUUUAUGACGAACAAGUUGUUUGGGCGUAUCAGCCACGCCGUCCACGGGUUCGUUGAUGUUGACCCGGAGAGGACGCGACGAGAUCAGAUUGGAAAAACGAAGGAGAGUUUACUUCAGUUGGAGCAAGCGCUUGAGGUUUCGGAAAAGGACGUCAAAGACGCUAGCACAGGUGUCUUGCAAGAUUUGAAGCGAUUCCAGAAGGAUAAGGAGGGUGAUCUGCGACGUUACAUGGUCGCAUAUGCCCGAUGCCAUCUGGACUGGGCCCGGAAAAACCUCGAGACAUGGACCGAGGCAAAGGAUGAAGUGGACAAGAUCGUCGUCCGCUAAACCCCCUUGCGGUGUGUGAGGGUAUGGCUUUUAUUUUUACAUCGGGCAUUUUGUUCCCCCGGUAAUCGCACUCAGAGAGUGAGACUACUCGGCGUUGGUGGAUUUCUAAUUAUAUGUUUCAUGAGCUCUACCGUGAUGUAUGCUUGAUAUUGGGCGCAAUGAUUGUCCUCUAUUUUAGAUCGGCCGAAAAUCCGUUGAUCACCUUGCAGAUCAGUCAUCCUUCGGAGGCGAUAUUGUCAAAUGUAGCCUCAUCGAUCCAUCCCCUACCAACCCACAGUAGAAUUUGAAGCGAUAGAUAUUGUAUUUUUUGUCUUGCUGCUUUGUUUAACUAGCAGAGUUGAGCGCGGCACAUGAUACAUGGUACCCUAUUUAUGUCCACGGUUGCGUUCCGUAGGGAACUUUAUUCUCUC